AGUGAUGGCUGAGAUGGCUCUCAUGGAAUAAUUAGCAAUAAUAUCUGGGAAACAUCAGCGCAGAUUAAUUGAACGUAUUUAUGACUCAAAUUGUGAUGAUGAGCUCGAAUCAUCCAAUUCUGCGCGUCUUUGUUGGUUUCGGAAAUUUCCUAACCUUUUGCACUAUAAAUUUCUUAACCGCUCUGGGCUUACAGCGGCCGUGAGUGGAGUGGGUUCAUCCCCUUACCCCUUUGCUCCCGCUUUCCCUCUUCCUCCUCUCAUGGCCUCUUCCUAUUCCCGCUUCUCCCCUUAUCCUCCUCCAUCUUGUCUCCCCUCUCUUUCUCGCUCCCUUCGAAUUCCUCCUCUCCUCCUCAGCUCUCCUCGCUCCCCUUCUCUCCCCUCACUUUCUCUUCGCUUCCCCACUCCUUGGGGUGGCGCCUCUCUUCCCGGUGCUUCACCGAGGCUCCAAGCCGAGCUGGGAAAAGGCUCCUCUGAGGCCGAUCCCAAGGUCGGGGUGGCCGUGUACAAGCCCAAAUCGUAUGAAGUUCUCGUCUCCGAUGCGGCCAGGUCCCUUGUCUAUGCUCUGGAGGAUGGAAAGACUCGUCUUGAAAUCGACUUCCCGCCCUUGCCAAGCAAUGUUUCUUCUUACAAGGGAUCUUCAGAUGAGUUCAUUGAUGCCAACAUCCAACUCGCUCUUGCAGUCGCUAGGAAACUUCAAGAGAUGAAAGGCAUCAGGUCUUGCAUUGUGUUCCCUGACCAACCAGAAAAGCGCAGGGCUUCUCAGUUGUUCCGGACGGCACUAGACACGAUAGGUGGUGUGUCCCUUGGUUCCUUGGAUGAUGUACCCAGUGGUCCUGUCACCAACUUUUUCAGAUCCAUUAGAAACACAUUGGAUUUUGAUUUUGCAGAUGAUAAUGAAGAUAGUUGGAAGUCUGAUGAGCCACCAUCAUUGUAUGUCUUUAUCAAUUGUAGCACACGCGACCUUUCUGCUAUAGAGAAGUAUGUGGAAAAAAUUGCUGCAUCAGUCCCUGCUCUUCUUUUUAAUCUCGAACUAGAUACUUUACGUUCUGACUUAGGUCUGUUGGGAUUUCCUACCAAAGAUUUGCAUUAUCGGUUUCUUUCACAGUUUGUUCCUACAUUCUAUAUUCGAAUAAGAGAGUACUCGAAGACGGUUCCAGUUGCACCUUUCAUAGUCAACUAUAGUGGUGCCCUAUUCCGUCAAUACCCAGGGCCUUGGCAGGUUAUGCUUAAACAGGCUGAUGGUUCCUACGCUUGCAUUGCAGAAAGUGCAACUCGAUUCACAUUGGGAGAGACGAAAGAAGAACUUUUGAGGGUUCUUGGGCUGCAAGAGGAAGAAGGGAGCUCACUGGAAUUUCUAAGAAGGGGAUACAAGAAUGCUACUUGGUGGGAGGAAAACGUGGAUUUGGAGCUUUCUUCUGCUUGGCGGAGUUGAGCAAUGACAUCCUACAAUGCGUAACAGUGGCACAUCAUUUCAUGAUUGGCCUGCGGAGGACCCACGGUUUCCCAAUUGAUUGGAGUUGGAAAAUAACGCAGCUGAGAAAAUUUUGGUGGCAGAGUGUUGGCAUGUUGUUAUUCAUUUGUCAUUUGUGGUUUAGUUACAGUUGAAGUUAUCCUGCAAUCUUUCCUCCCCUUCUAGAUGUUCCUUAGAAUUCAUAAACGAUAUAUCCUCAUAGAUAACACUUGAUGGCAGGCAAAAUAAUUCAUGACAAUGAUGAGAGUGGUAUUGUUUUCCUGGAUGAGCCCUCGUUCCAGAAGCUUGAGUAGUGUGAAAUAAUUGACAUUAAAAAUGAAGCAUCACCAUAUUAUAAUCAUC